UCCGGGAAGGAGACGCUGAGCAGGAGUCAGGGGGAUCGUGCGGGGGAGAACCAGAGGCGCGCGGAGGUUGGACUGGCGGGGGAGCAACUCAGGCUGUGGCUGCAUAACGCCAAGGACCGGUGUCAGGACACACGCACAUACCCAAACUGCCUGGUGGGCAAGGAGCUUGUUGAUUGGCUAGUGGAGCACAGUGAGGCCCCUGACAGACAGACGGCUGUGAGCAUCAUGCAAAGACUUAUGGACUACAACGUGGUGCAUCAUGUAUGCGAUGAACAUGUGUCAUUUAAAGACGCCAAGCUCCUGUAUCGCUUUCGGAAUGAUGAUGGCACCCUGUCUCCCAGCAAGCAGGUGAAGAUAUGUGUGCGGGGCCAGCGCUUAUAUGAGAUGAUAACCAGCCAGGAGGAAUCCAUACUGCAGGUUCGGGAGCAGGGCUCUGAGCGGUAUCGCCGGACUUUCCUUGGUCAGCAGAUUUUGGACUGGCUGCUCGAUCACGGGGAGGUAUCCAGCAGGGAGGAAGGAGUUAAGCUGUGCCGGGAAUUGCUGGAACAUGGCAUCAUACAGCAUGUGUCCGGACACCAGCACUUUUCCGAUUCGGAAAUGUUGUUCCAGUUCACGAUUAAUUUCAGACGUAGGAGAAAACUGAUUGAGGUCCUGAACGAUCCAGAUCCCGUUAUGGAUCCCAAGCAAGAAUCUCCCGACAGCCCCUUCUGCCUUCGCAAGCUUGGCUCCGAUCUCCCUCAUAACAACUUUGUCUGUGUUCAGCAUAAUGAGCCGAAGAUUGUUCCUGCACCACGUAGGUGUGGUUACUCUUCUCCUGGUUCUGGAUCCAGCUACACCUACCUUUCUCCUUCCGUGCCUCUUAAGACACCCCCAUCAGUGCUGAAAAGACCUGUAACGGCGGAGGAGUUGCUGUCCCCGGGAGCACCUUACGUCCGGAAGAUUUUAAUGUAUGAAUGUAAGAAGAGUGAAGGGAUUUUGGGGGAUGAUGUCGGUUGGGGGUUUGUGAUCCGUGGGUCUGGUCCCUGCCACAUUCAGGCUGUUGACCCUGGAGGACCAGCUGCUGCUGCUGGCAUGAAGGUAUGUCAGUUUAUUUAUGCCGUGAAUGGGAAUUGCUGCUUGCGCUACGACUGCCAGACAAUCAACCGACUCAUCGUGGCUGGACCACGGGCCAUUAUCCUUGAAGUUUUGGAGCCACUCAGCGAAUUUGCCUUCUUUUGGGAGCUCUCACCUGUGCGGGGUUAAACAGUGAUCGCUGCCAUUGUCAGUCAUCUUUGCCACAAGUGGGGGGAAAAAGUGCAAUAAUUAGGCUUUGGCACUAUAUUACCAUAGAUUUCUUACUGUGCUGGUGCAUGUCACAAAAAUAUAUGGGUGCUGACUGUAACAGGUGUUUAGAGCGUCCGUAUCCCUGAACAGGUUUUGGCUUUUACCAAUGAAUUUUUCAAGUGUCAUUUAUGCCAAACAUAUAGUCAUGUAUCCGGACUUGUGUAAUGGGGUGGGACUCUUGGUGCUGCUAAAAUAAAGAAAUUUGCUUUUGUA